AUGAGUGCCGCAUGGCUUACAGAUACCCAGUCCGACGAUAUACGUCAAAUAGCCGUUUCGGUUCCCCAACUGGCCACACGAGCGAUAAUCUCUGACCUGAACUUGUUCUUCAACGACUCCAGCAAGAUUACUACGAUUCCUGCGGCUCUGUUGAUGUCGCUUUUCUGCAUGAGCUCUUCCUUGAACUGGAUCGAUCAUCGCCAAUUAGGCUUGCAAUAUCUCGUCCAAGCACGUGCUGUCAUCUCUGUUCUGGAUAUGCGGUCCUGGGCUCUAUCUGAUGAUGACCGUGGCUUACUGGCUUUCUUCAAACAUUGCCUAACGUACGAGGAAGCGGUGAGAAGCGUCGUCACGAGUAACCAUGAAGCAGUCCACACAGACGCCAUCAAACCAUCGUCCGACAUACUCCCCUUGACAGACCUAACCCUCCACCCGUGGACUGGGGUGCCACCGAAGAUCAUAUCUCUUUUGGGAAAGGCGAUGAAGGUCUGUAGAGAGUCCCGAGAACUCUGGCGAAAUAAUACCAUUGCGACACUCGAGGUCAUGCGCCAAGCUACGGUACACAUAUGCAGAGGGCAGGACCUGGAAGAAAUGCUUUUGUCUGUUGAGGUGCCCAGUGUAUCGAAAGAAAAAGAUGAUUCAGACUUCAACAUCGAGUGUCAUUUAUAUUAUGCGACGGAAUCUUUCAGGCUUUGCUCCCUACUUCAGCUAUACCUAACAUUCCCGGACCUUGUGUCUCGACGCCUGCCUCAAUAUGUCUCCGCUGAUGGGCUUGUGCCCAAGGCCCGAUGGCUGACACCGCUUGCUCUACACAUUACCGGGCUCCUUCUGAAGAUACCACACGAUUCUAGCAUGCGCUGCCUUCAACCGCUUUUGUGUCUAUGUAUCGGAACAGGUCUCAGGUGCGAUAUAGGUGAGGACCCUGAAUCCAAUAACCGUUUUGAACCCAUAUAUCCUGCCUCCCAUAUGGACGCCAUUGGAGUUGCGGAGGAAAAUGGCGUUUCGAGUGCACCCCUCCCAUUAGAUGUUCGCCUCGCCCGCAAAUUUAUCGUGAGCAGGCUAGAGAAACUUGAACGUGGCCUACCAGCAAAACCUAUUGUGAUUCUGCAAAAGCUUCUGCGCGCAGUAUGGUCGUCUUACGACCAUGAAACGUCUGGGGGAGCUCCUCAUUGGAUAGAUAUUAUGACCAGUCUGAAUUAUGAGAGCGUUUUCGGAUAA